AUGGACUACUCUACAGACGCCUUAGCUGGCCCGUCUCCGUGGGGCUCGUCCUCGCCUAAAGCCGGACGGACGCAUCAACAUAAUGCGUCCCAGGACAGCGUCACAGGCCCGCCAGCUGCUCAAUCCGAGCCCACCGAGCCAGAGCAGCAGCAGGCAGUAGGGCAGGAGCAACACGAGCAACAUGAGCAUCCUCAAGGCCAGCCAACAUUUCAACAGAGGCAGGCUGCGGCGCGAUAUCAGAGACAGCAGAGGCCAGUGCCGGCGUACAAGCUGCAGUCUAAGGUCACCGCGCUCGAGCGGACAGGCAGAAAGGAUCCCGUCAUUCGCUUUGAUGUCUAUACGAACCUACCCAAGUUUCGAACGACUCAAUUCCGGGAUGUGCGCCGCACACAUGGCGAAUUCGUGAAGCUGUCAGAGCACCUGAUCUCCUCCAAUCCCGAAGCAUUGGUCCCUGCUGUGCCGCCGGCUGUGACGUCGGCUGGUGCUGGAACAGACGAGGAUGAAGGUAGAGUCAAGAACUCGAUACAGAGGUGGCUCAACAACGUAUGUGGUAAUGAUGUUCUUAUGCGCGACGAAGAGAUGGUCUUCUUUGUCGAAUCAGAUUUCGGCUACAGUCCUGUGGUACGGAUGAAGCAGCCAGCAACAGGAGUGAGGCGGAAAGUCCUGAAGCAGUUUGCACCGCCACCUGACGACACACCUGAACUACACGAAGCAAGACCUCCUGUCAAGGCAUUCUAUCUCGGAGCACUGGAUGCUGGUCAAAAACUGGAGAAAGUCGUGAAGCAUAGACGAGCACUGGGCCUGGCAGAAACAUCACUAGGCGAGAAGCUCACACAAUUACACGUUCAGGAAACCCACGGUGGACUGGCCAACGCGUAUCGCAAAUUGGGCCGAGUUGUACAGACCGUCGGUGACUACCACGCAGCACAAGGCACAGCAGAAGCGACUACGCUCGGUGACCCUCUCGCUUAUCAUGCUGCAGAUGCUUUCAUUGUCAAAGAGUCCUUGACUAACCGGCACAUACUACUUCGAGAACUUCUGCAAGCCGAACAGGCUCGGCGCAGCAAAGAAGCAGCCGUGACACGCCUGAAAAGUAGCACUAGCGUCAAACGGGACAAGGUCGACGAAGCAAUAUCUGCCCUCGACGAAGCCAAAUCUGCUGAGGAGUAUCUGUUGGGCAAGACCCAGCGGGUGACAGGGAAUCUGCUCCUCGAGAAACGCCGCUGGUUCAGAAGGACUUCGGAGGACAUGCUCGACGCCAUCCGUGAGUAUGCGGUCCGGCAGAUUGAGACCGAGAGACGCACACUGGCGACUCUCGAAAGCGUCAGGAUGGACGUGCGCCAAAUCGAUGCUUCCGGCGGCCUUAGUCGCCUAGGCAGAGAAGCAAACCCGCAGAUCCGACGCGUUAGCAUGGCGAGCAGCCAGACGGCCAAAGGCGAUGCAUGGUCUGGAGUCGAGCGGACGAGGACUGGUCUUGCACGGACCUUAUCUGGAUCAUUGGGCGGUCUGCCUGAGCAGGACGAAGAUAGCAAAGCAAACGGCGAUCAUGACGCCGUUGCAGGUACUGGACGACCGCGAGGUGAUAGUAUCAAAGAAGAUGAUGAGGGCGAUGAUCGAGUGGACGCACGCAACGCAGCAAGUCGACUUGCGCAGAGUACGUUCUAG